AUGUCUUCGCGAAUUGAAAAAGAUCUACAAGCAUUAGAUACGGGUGUCCUCAGCGCAAAUGGCACGAAGCAACCAUUUCACGUGGAGGGACUCGAGCUGUCCAGUAGACCCGCUACUGUGAAUCUACAUCGCCAGAAAUGGUACCAAUGGUUCUCGCCUAGCGACACGCCGGAAGAGCGUCAAUUGAUACUAAAACUGGACGCAUUGAUCAUGAUCUUUGUUUUCCUUGCAUAUUGGGCAAAAGUUUUAGACUCAUCUGCGACAAGUGCGGCAUACGUGAGUGGUAUGAAGGAAGACUUGAAACUAUUUGGAAACGAGCUCAACUAUCUCAACACCACUUACAUGGUCGGAUAUAUAACGCUUCAAAUACCAUUGACAGUUAUUAUGACUCGCUUCUCGGCAGCAUACUUUAUUCCUGGAGCCGACCUCAUAUGGGGAAUACUCACUCUUGCACAGUACAAAGUCAGCAAUGUGCACCAGUUAUAUGUGCUUCGCUUCUUCGUCGGCGCAGCUGGAAGCUUAUUCUUCCCAGCUGUUCAAUGGUAUCUUGGGUGCUGUCAAGUAGGCAGCAUGAGCUCUGGAUACAUUCAGAGCGGUGCAUACGCUCACCUCAAUGGUAGGCAUGGCAUUGAAGGGUGGCGCUGGCUGUAUAUCAUUUGCUUUGCAUGUACGAUACCAGUCGCCCUUCUUGGAUUUAUCGUGCUGCCGGGUCAUCCAGACACCUGCAAGCCUUUCAUUUUAACAGAAAACGAUCUUCGACUAGCCAGAGAGCGGAUGGCAGCUGAGAACCGUGAACCACGGAAACCAAUUACUUUAUCUGUGAUCAAAUCUGUUCUGACCGGUUGGCACUUUUGGGUUUUAGUAUCCUUUGCUUUCUUCUUCUCGCAAGCCGACGGCAUAUCCUCGAACAGCGGCCUCCCGUUAUGGCUCAAAGCCGAAGGGUAUAGCGUCGAGAAGAUCAACACCAUCACUACCAUCCUGCCUGCGGUGACAAUUGUGUCUUCAAUUAUGUGUGGCGUCUUAUCCGAUAUUUAUGAUGCCAAAGUCCAUUUAAUCACCAUUACCGCUUUGCUCAACAUCCUGGCGGGCGUGGUUUUGGCUAUCUGGGACGUACCCAAGGGACUCAAGUUUUUUGCCUUUUUCCUUUCGGGGUCCGCAGACGGCAUCGCCGCCGUUAUUUACGCAUGGGCAAACGAAAUUUGUGCCGGAAAUGCAGAGGAGCGUGCAAUCGUACUCAGCAGCAUGAAUACUAUUGGAAAUACGUUUGGCGCAUGGCUUCCUUUAUUUGUUUGGAAGACUUCGGACGCUCCGCGUUAUCUCAUUGGGUAUAACUGGACAAUUGCGCUUGAUGUAUGCAUGAUUGCCAUGCUGUUUGUUCUACGAUCCUUCUGGAAUCGUGAAAAGAAGUCAAUGGAGACCUUGUGA